UUGUGCAUUCUUUUUUAUAAUGUAAUAAUUUAAUGUCAUAUAAUAAACGAUCGACAUAACUCGUGAUAAGAUAACAUAGUUUUUGUUCCCACCAUCCUCAACUAAGCUAUAUAUAUAUUAAUGGUCCACAUUCUAUAGAGGUGAAGCAUGUGACGUUACAAUAAUACCUAUGCAAAAAUAAUAAUGUAUAUUCCAUAUAUAUAUCAAAACUCAUAAAGUAUUUCAUUAAAAACUUAAUUAUGAAAGCAAACCAUCCUUUUUUGCCAAACUAUAAUUUCCCCACUCGACAUAUGAAUAGAGUGGUCCAAUAUAUUAUAAUGGAAUUUUUAUAAUGAAAAUUAAAAACAUGUAUUAUAGGACUUUAUUCCAAGUAUCAACAUCUUCAAAAAAUUUAUAUAAAAUCGUCCAGAAUUUUCAAUAUAUUUGGUAACAACUUGGUAUUAAUCUUUACAGCUAUACUUAAUUAAUUUAUAAUAUGGAUUCACAAAAAUAAAAACGAAAUUGUAUUAUAUAGAAAAGAAUGAUAAGUUGUUUCAAAAAGUAUAAUAAAAAUAAUAAUAAUGAUAAGUUUCUUAUAUUAUUGGUCGAACAUGGAACUACUUGAAUCAGUGUUAUACUAUCGCAAAUUUUACACCAGGCCGCCCAGUGGGUUCAAUUCUGACGACGAUCGGUCAUCUUUACCUAUUUCUCACGAACUGAUCAAUUUUCUAUUUGUUUAUAUUAGAUGAAAUAGUAAUCCUCUAGUAUCCAGAUUUAAAUGUAAUAAGCUUUGACACUUGUUGUUGAACUAUUAAAGUGGAGACAAGACACGAGUCAAUUUGUUACUCUAUAUUUUUAUAAUUAAAAAAAAAAAGAAUUCCCUAAAACGUCUCUCGUCUUAUCUUUAGGAACUCAAUUUCUAAUUAGUUGUGUAUCCCUUAUAUAUUAAAAGAGGAGCAUUGGAGUUAAUGCUUUCACACCAUGUAUGACACGUGUCCAUUGUACAGAGACUCUCACAAAUUAGUUGCCUUAAUUUGUUUUGCUAUUACAGAAUUUUUGGAAACGUUGUCUAGAAAAUUAAAAAAACCACUCGUGGAAUGAGUUAUCACGUAAAGCUUAAGCUACGACAUCACCGUACCAUCGUAAAGAUUAUUUCCCAUCAUGAAGACUUUCCAGAACAUAUACGGGUGUGCUCUGUCAGUGCAUAUCGCGAAGCACUAGAUAGUAACACAUGUAAGUUAGAAACACAGAAUCGAGAAGAUGAAGACGUAAUUAACUUUUCUCUUAUACGGGAGAUAUGAACAUUCAUAUCGGCGAAGAACUCAGCAUGAACACUUUCAAGAAGAGAACACUCUGAAUCUUAGAAACGAUACAUCCGAGCUCGCUAAGCAUUUUUCAUCCACACUGCAUAAUGGUUCUUGAACGUGUAUAUAUUGUAUGAACUAUAUAAUCCACUCUUUUCUCUUAGAAGAGAGACAUGACUAUUCAUCUCGACGAGAACACUUUGAAGCAGAGUACACUCUGUAUCUUAGAACCGAGACAUGACCAAGCUCGCUAAGGUGCGCAGCUCCACACUGGAGAUUUUUUCGUUUUAUUAGUAUUCUAUUCACAUUUAUAUUUUUGUUUUGGCUUUCAAUAUCUUACUUAAGAACUAUUAUGAUAAAUUCUUUAAUUAUGCAUCUUAAUAAUAAAUGAGCUUUUAAGUUAUAAAAGACUUAUUUUAUUGUUUAAAUAUGUUUUUACCGUUCUUGAAACUUUCUUCUGGUGUUAUAAAGUCCUACUUUAUCAAUCAUAUAUUGCAAAUACAGACUUUAUUUUGGAUGUCAAACAUUAAAUCACCGAGUCAAUUCACUCCGCGCAAGGCGCGGGUUAUCACCUAGUCUAACAAUUAAAUUGCAUGCACUGCAAAUCUAGAAUUCAUUUAUACAGUUUAAGCCAAAUUUUAUGGACCAAAACCCAGCUAAAAGAACAUUCCAGUCAAUGUAUAAGACUUGUAGCUUGUCAUUUUGUAAGAAACCAUUUCCACAAAUGAAAAUAAUACUAAUAAUCCAAAUAAACGUAAAUAAAAGAAAAUAAUUCCAAAUAGACAUACAAAAAGGUAUUUUCUUGGAAACUUAUUUUAUUUUGUAAUUCCCAAAUGAAAAUAAAUAAAAUACUAUCUCUAGUAGGAAGAUGCGUCAUAACUAUGACAUAAUGGCUGGUCAAAAACCGUCAAAAUAGUUAUGUUAUAAUUAAGGAAAAAAAAUAUACUAAAACUUAAUUCUUCAGUCAAAUAACAUCUCUUGUUUCCUUUAUCACUUUGUCUAAGCCUAAGUUGUGACUUAAUUUGAAACUUAUAACACGAAUUUUCACAUAUCGACCAACACCUUCAUUCCCUUCCUCUCUCUCUCAAACCUGCAGUCAUGGCUGCUCCUUUGAUCCUCAAGUACCACAGAGAUCACCAACAAGAUCCAAACCCGAACCCGAACCCGACCCGCCUUUCCUCUUCGAUCCAAGAAGCCAAAUCAAUCGCCAAAAUAUCCCUCCCAAUAAUUUUAACCGGUUUACUCCUCUACUCUCGCUCAAUGAUCUCAAUGCUUUUCCUCGGCCGUCUCAACGAUCUCCCUUCUCUCUCCGGCGGCUCACUCGCCCUCGGCUUCGCCAACAUCACCGGCUAUUCUCUCCUGUCCGGUCUCUCCACCGGUAUGGAACCCAUCUGCGUUCAAGCCUUUGGCGCCAAAAGAUUCAAACUCUUAGGCCUCGCUUUGCAAAGAACCAUACUGUUGCUCCUCCUCUGUUCCCUUCCCGUCUCCAUCCUCUGGCUCAACAUCAAGAAUAUCCUUUUAUUCUUCGGACAAGACCAAGAAAUCUCGGACAAAGCAGAGAUAUUUAUCCUCUUCUCUCUCCCUGAUCUGUUUCUCCAAUCAUUCUUGCAUCCUCUCCGUAUCUACCUCCGAUCUCAAUCCAUCACUCUUCCUCUUACAUACUCUGCCUUCUUCGCUGUACUCCUCCACAUUCCGAUCAACUACCUUCUCGUUUCUUCCUUCGGUCUCGGCCUUAAAGGAGUUGCAUUAGGAGCAAUCUGGAGUAAUGUUAACCUACUAGGGUUUCUGAUCAUCUACAUCGUGUUUUCGGGUGUUUACGAGAAGACUUGGGGAGGCUUCUCAAUGGAUUGCUUUAAAGGGUGGAGAUCUUUACUAACGUUAGCAAUCCCUAGCUGCGUCUCGGUUUGUCUAGAAUGGUGGUGGUACGAAAUAAUGAUUCUUCUUUGUGGACUGUUACUUCACCCGCAAGCAACCGUCGCGUCUAUGGGAAUCUUGAUCCAGACCACCGCUUUGAUCUACAUUUUCCCUUCAUCUCUUAGUUUCAGUGUCUCAACACGCGUCGGGAACGAGCUAGGCGCGAACCAGCCUGAUAAAGCAAGGAUAGCCGCGAGGACCGGUCUCUUUUUAAGCCUAGGUUUAGGGUUUUUCGCCAUGUUUUUCGCUUUUAUGGUGAGGAACUGCUGGGCUCGAUUGUUCACUGAUGAGGAAGAGAUUUUGAAGUUGACUUCCAUGGUCUUACCGAUCAUCGGGCUUUGCGAGCUAGGGAACUGUCCUCAGACAACAAUGUGUGGUGUUUUGAGAGGAAGUGCUAGACCUAAAUUAGGAGCAAACAUUAACUUGUGUUGUUUCUACUUUGUGGGGAUGCCUGUGGCUAUAUGGUUAAGUUUCUUUGGUGGGUUUGACUUCAAGGGACUGUGGCUUGGUCUCUUUGCAGCUCAAGGCUCGUGCCUUGUUUCGAUGUUGGUCGUGUUGGCUAAGACUGAUUGGGAAGCUGAGGUUCAUAGGGCAAAAGAACUCAUGAGUAGUUCAUGUGAUGGCGAUGGUGAAUAUGAUGAUGACGAUAGCGGAAGUAAUACGAUGCCUCUUCUGUUGGAUAUAGAAGAAUGUGGGAACAACAAGCAUUUGAAUGUGGUCUAAAUCUUUGUCUCCUUGUUUGAUUUGUUGGCAGUGGCACUAACUAAAUUUGUUUUCAUUGUAAACUCUCUAAUUCAUUAUUUCAGAAAACACUUCAAACA